CCCACGAUCGAGCAGCCUUUCGGCCUUGAUGCGGGUUGGAACGUCGAGCGAGCGUUGUUUCGUUCGCGUGUGCACGAUAGAUUCGUACGCCGCGGAAGGAGACACUCCGGUUCAUCAUGGCGGAAAAUGUUUUUAUUCCGUGAUAUAGUACGUGAUCAUCACAUCGGUGUAUCGACUCGCCCGGUCGCUGACUCAGACAACGCUGAUCCUCCUGUUCGACGUCGAGGCCGGCGGUCAGCCAGCGGUAGCAGUUAUGGAUAUGCGCGGCAUCGAGGUCACGAAUCAGCUACGCAGCGCCAUUCGCGCCAAGCUGAUGGAGCUGGGAGUCCGCUAUGACGAGGAGCUGCCGGACUACAUACUUGUGAUGGUGGUGAACAAGAAGUCCCGCCAGCAGAUGCACGACGACCUGAAUCUCUUCCUGGAGGACUGCACGACCAUCUUCGUGGACUGGCUGCACGACCAGGUGCUGAAGAAACUGCAGAAGGUCACCGUGGCGAAGAAGAAGUCGUCCCGCGAGUUCGUCCCCACGGUGGUGGUGAAGCAGGAGGAGGAGCGGAAGAAACGGAAGAUAUCGGCGACGUCGUUCCUGGAGGAUCAAGCGGCGGACCAGCCCGCGGAGAAAUCGUCGACGAAAAUCGCGAAGGACGACAAGCCGGCGCAGCAGAAGCAGCAAGUCGCGAAGCUCUCCGCGCCGAGCUCGGAGCUGAGUUCCAAGAGCGCGGAGAAGAACGCGAAGAGCGGCAAAGGUAAGGCGGACGAGGUGUCGACGAGCGUGGUCGGCCAGCAGGAGGCUCCUGCCGUGAGGAGACCGCAAGGUUCCGUGCGUGACGCCGAGAGCGCACCGACGAAGGAAGUCCCUUCGCCGGAGAAUCUUGCCGCGAAGACCGUAGACACGCAUCGCGAUCAACGAGCGAGCGCCGAGGCGCCGCCGGUGAAGAAGCGACUGCCGGAGACGUCGAGCGGUCACCACGACGACAAGAGGGAGCAGGAGGCGAGGAGCCGACCGAAGUCGCCCGACGAGGAGGAGGCGGAGCACUCCGCGACAUCGCCGGACGCCACGAGGAAGCUGAAGUCUUGCGUGAACAAGCCGAGGAUCACAUCGGUCGUGUCGGUGAAGAAUCGGCUGGGCGCGGCCUCGCCGCGGAAGAAGUUCGAGGUGUAUCGCGAGAAACAGCCGCCGGCGGCCGAAGGCAACGGCCGUUAUCGUCAGUCGGAUAACAAGCGCUUCGACAAGCAUCGCUACGGCGACAACGGCCGCGGUGGUUUCCAACGGAACCGGGGCUUCGUCGAGGGUGAGGAUCGUUCCAGGAAUCGGAAUCGCGACGACUCGCGUCACCACGAGGCGAGUAAGAUGAACGACGUGAGGAGUAGGAUAGAGAGUAACAAGAACGAGAAACUGGCGAGGAACGCGUCGCAGCAGCAGGAGUCGCUGCGGGAGAGGAGCGGCUCGAAGAACGCCGCGGAGAACGCGCUCGCGAAGAAAGCCGCGUGCACCGUCAAGGAUCGCCUGGGGCUCGCCAGCAAGUCCGCGAAGCUGCAAGAGACCGCCGUGGACUGGAGCAGGAACCCGAAGGGCAACGGCGCGGAGCAGCCGCGCGACUGCGUCGCUAAGAACAUCAAGAACCGACUGGGUCCGUUGAGAAACAACUUCCGGCCGGUGCGCAAGGCCAGCGGUAGGCAGUCGGGACGCAGCAGCGAGGACGAGGAUUGUCUGAAUCUGGCCGCCGAGAUGGAGCAGGAGGAGCUGGACGUCGACGAACAGUCCGCGGUGAACACCGGCCCCGUGAAGUCUCACAUAGUCGCCGUGAACAAAAGCGCCGGGAAGCUCGAGAGGAGACGGCCGAAGGAAGCUUCGACGUUCAACGCGAUCCAACACUCCAGAUAUCCAGGCGCGAAGUCGCGGCUGGACAAAACAGCCGGGCCGUCCAGCGACGCGGACGAGGACGUCGACGAGACGCGGUUGCCGAGCAAAGUGAUCGUUACGCCCAGACCUCUGAAACCGCUGCAACCGACGCAGAAACGCGCCACGCAGUCGCUCCUGCUCAGAGCGGUCGCGGAAGCGAACCAGUCGGUCGUCACGCAAAAAAACCCGGAGCCGUCUCUGUUGGAGAAGAAGCUGGUUUUAAAGCGUCUAAAACCCGCCUCGAUGCGCGACAUGAGCCAAAAUUUGUCGGUGCAUCUGAAUUCCACCAAGAGGCUAGUCAUGGAGAAAAUACAGAUUGAAUUAAAUACGUCGGAUAAUCUUGAUACGGAGGAUGCCGAACCUGCACCUUAUGUACCUCAAGCGGUAAUGGACGAGCACAUGGGAGUUGUAAUGUCGUUGUUCCAAAGGAGCGACGACAACCAGAAAUUUUUAGUCACCCUAAACGGAUACAACAACAAUCUCAUGAAGGAAAAGCUCGGUUCGGAAGACGAUGAGGAGCGAUUGGAGAUGGAGGUGAACGAAGACGACGAGCUCGCGCUGUUGACGACGCACAAUGAGACGUAUACGACGCCGGCACAGAGCGAGCUAGAGAGCGGCACGUUCCGGAUAACGGACGGAAUAACGGAGGACGACGCGGACGACGGUAGUCCGAAAGAGGCGAGCGAGGAGAACAAUGAGAACUGCAACACCGAGAACGUUGACAAGACGGACGAGGUGCCACGGAAGCGGAGAAAACUAAGUCCCAUAGUGUACAACCGAUCUCACUCGCCGAGUCCCACGCGACUAAAAACCAGCACAUUGUCGGCCAAGUGUGCGUAUCAGGAACGAAGCGUAUCGCGAGGAUUCCUACUCGCCCAUAAGCCAAUGCCGCCAAGUGCAAAUACGCAACGGAGAGACGAUAACGUUACGUUGCAACUUUCAGUUACGGAUAAAAGGCCGCCGGCGGAGAGCACUGUUCCUAUCGCCCUGGACAAGUCCAGGGAGAACUGUAGAUACUGGCCAAAUUGUACGUUAGGGAACAAAUGCGCGUAUCUUCACCCGCCUGUUAUGUGCAGUGCCUUCCCAGCGUGCAAGUUCGGGGACAAGUGCGCCUACAGGCACCCCAAAUGCAAGUUUGGCCUGUCGUGCACCAAGCUGGGCUGUGUAUUCUCCCAUCCGGCCCAGCAAUGCAAGUACCACCCGUUCUGCACGAAACCGGCGUGCCCGUACUCCCAUCCGGCCACGUCGCACGUACAACCGCUCGCAACGGAAGUGACGAGCCAGCGGGCGAAGUUCACUUGGCGACGGCGAGACUGAACCAGACGUGGAUAAGCACGGACCUUAGCGCGUCGUUUCGGCAACGGAAGCGGAUCGAGAGACAUGCUGCCGGGUCUCCACGAGAGAGACCACUUUGUACAGAUAGAAACAAAAGGGACGUACUUUACGCAGUAAUCUUGAAAGGGCGACGCGUCAUACGAAUCGCGACCACGACGAUCGACGUUCUCCUGGCAUUGUCGGUUGUCGCACGUUCUCGAGAAACUGUUUCACAUUAUCCGACAGUUCAUGUUCAUCGAGAUACUGUCGGUGCGUAUCGUGGACUGACACGAGACCGUGUCGCAGCACAGUUAAUUUGACGAUCGAGAAAUGAAUCCGAAAUUGAGCAGCCCUGGUAAACAUUUCAGUUUCGCGACUCAGCGCACCACAUUACCUGGCAGUUGCUUAAACGUAGCGGAGACUUGAUUUUCCAUUCAAACGGAAACGAAAGAUCGGUUGGUUGGCGUGACAAUAAACGAACCAGACGCACCUUGCUUGCAAAGAGACAGAAUUUCUGACUUUUAAGACUUGGAAAUUUUUGUAUGUAUCCGAUUCGUCUCCGAACUGAAUUUAGUUCAUACGAGUCAGAGAUUACGUUACCUCCGAUUAAAAUACACCUAGUUCGUUCAUCGUCGCGUUAAAUCCAAUCUUUUUUCUCAGCGAAGAGCGUGUCUAUUUUGUUCCUCGAUCAUUUCUCGUGAAUUCCGUAGAUCGAGAGCAUGUCGACAGUAGACCAAAUUAAACUGGUGGUUGCUACGUAUUUAUAAUAUAGUUAUAUAAUAUAACGAAAAAGGGAGGAUUGUCAAUUAGUCGGAACUGGUCGAUGCAAUCGGACGAUCUUUACAGAAUCCCUUUCAACUUUUUACUCUGAUGAUUCGGGACGAUUUCAUCGAUUUCAAUUUAUAUACAUGUGUAUCGUGACCGGCACAAUGUCAGUCGCCACAUAGAUGUGCUCGAGGGCGCGUCGUCUGUAUAGCUUUUAACGUCGUCGCAGUAUAUAUAUAUAUAUACACAAUAUAUAUAUAUAUUAGCUCUAAGAUCCGGCCAGAGAAGUGGCACACAAUUAGGUUUGCUCCUUUUAGCCGUUCUCUUCCUCCGAAUUUCUCCACAAUCUUUUCCCCUCUACCUCGCUGUCGCUCUUCUCGUCCCCACCUCUCGUUAUGAAUUCACAAGAGGGUACAAUUAGAAGGAGCACACCUAUUACAAUAUUUCGCGUCGCACGUGAUGUAACUACCGUUAAGCGAGAACACUUAUAUUGGUCUAUUGUAGAGACUCAUCAAGACUCCGGAAACUUUUCUUUUUCUUCUCCUUUUUUUUUCGGUUCGAAAAGUAUUUUUCAUUACACCAACAUAUGGCGGCCAAUUCUCACAGCCACGCUCGAUUUGUUCGCGAGAGCAGACAUGAAUACGGCGAUAGUUUCUGAUAUGUUUGCGCGCGCGCUUGGCGAUGUUACAUCGAUGUUCUCCCUCUGAUCAGAGGCUGUUACUCGCGCCUGGCUAGGUAUAUUCCGAUAACUCGACUUGUGUUUCUUGUGUAAUUUACAUCGAUUGUAUAAUAUCAUAGACGAAGAGAGAAGCGGAAAUGAUUUCGCGUUAUUAUUUACUUAGCGCUAGCGAAUCGUAAUCGCACUAUCACAGAUAUGUACAAUAUUAUCGAGAUGGAGUCAGAAGCAAAUAUAUGAUGAUUUCUGUAAAUCACA